AACCUUUUCCAAACUUCACCUCCCGUGGGAUAUAUUUUAGCCGACGCAUCAUGACGCGAUUAACCUCCCCGUAAAAUGGUGUAGUAAAAUGCAUCGUGAUCUCAUUGUGACUUUACAGUGAUUUAGAAGAAGUACAAGUUUCAGACCAGGUAAAUUAUGUUGUCUUCGUAGUUAUUGUGAGCUAAAAAAUGAGAUUUCUCAGGUGCACUUUUUAUGUGCACAAAUGUAACAGGCUCGACUGAGGCGAGCUUGUUUGGUGCAGUAGGAUUCUAGGUUAGGGGUAUAUAUAUUCUGCUGUGAAAAGAAAAUAAAUCUACUCAUGUAUCGUGACUUAAAUAAGAGUCAGUUAAUCGUAGAAUUCAUUAUGAUACAGACUUGUCGCUGUAUGUUCAUCGUUCCUUCAAGAGAUGUCUAAAAACUGAAAUGGACUUUAGCAAGUUUUCGUUAAGUCAGAACUAAAUUGUAUUUAUUGUAUUAUUCAGAAUCUAGGAACUUAGCUGAAAUAUGACUUUGUUCAGUAAACUGAGUCGAAAAGAAAAAUCUUAAUUAUAUUCAGUUAUCUAAGUACAAUAGUUUGUGGUGCUUUGAUCCUCCAUCAACCAUGUGAUUGCUGAGGACAAAACAAUCAUUCUGCACAUAAUUCACCAGGUCAUUGUUGUUUGAGUUUUACCAUAAUUAAAUGAGAUUUCACCUCACUGCUUCAAUACCUGAGUGCUCAGAGAGUGGAUAAAGUUAUUCACAGGCUAAUUCAUAAUCUGGUAGAUAGGCACUACCAAAUUACUGCAUGGUUGGUUUAUCGACCAAAGAAAAAUAUCCACCUUUUUAGCUAUUGGGAUCAGAACAAUACUUCGUACCAUAUUAUCUGAUACUGUCUCAACAGGUUGACAGAAACUGACUGAUUAUUGCCACAAUGGCAAUUUGUUCUCUUUACUGUGAUUUCAAUGAAACUUUGAUAAGUCUUGUGUCCAAAGACACCGGUCUACCAAGAUGCAUCAUGGGAACCAUUCCACCAGCUGUUCUGCUUCUGUUGAUGUUGCUGCUUGGUUUGGUUGAGUUGUUCAAGAAGAGAAGGCUACAGACUGAUAAUCAUGGGAGAACUUUAUUGCCCGAUUUAGAAUCAAAUUCUGUGGAGGAAAUUAUCAGUGCACCAGGAAAAUCUUGUAAAUGCAGAAAGCCUUGCAGAUGUGUUAAAAAACAAUAUGAAAUGACUAGUAGUUCUAUUCAGGCGAUAACAAACCCUGCAGGAUUUGUUCAUGGAGAUAAUCGUACAUCAUUUUUGUACACUUUACAACAGUUCUUGCACAUUUGUCUUGUAUUUGUGCCUAUAGCUGACCUCAUAGUCAAAGGAACCAUAGAACCACAGAGAAUUCAAGGCUAUGUCAUUUUCAUGGAUGUUGCAAUGUUGCUUACCUGGAUGUUAACCUUCAGUGUUCUUCGUUCCCAAAGUGCAAGAUAUUUCAAGGCUCAUGUCAGUAGACAUUCCUUUGGUCUCUUGCUUUUUUGGUCAUUGGCAUUUGUUGUUGAGAAUUUGUCUUUCAUUUCAUGGAACAAUCCUCACUGGUGGUUUCAAAGAAGUACAAAAAUUAAAGAAGCUGAAUUUGGUUUGUUUAUAUCACGUUAUGUUCUUAAGUUGUUCAUCUUUCUUCUUGGAUUGAAAGGACCUGGUCUUUAUAAACCACUAGAAGUUCCUGUUGAGGAAGAGCAAAAGUUUCCGGAAGAAUCAACGGUAAUACAAGUUUUUGCAAGUGAUCUCACUUUUCCUUUUGAAUGUUUAAAAUUCACUGUGCUUGAUUGGUAGUUAAUUUCAUUCUGUGAUUUCAAAACAGGUAAGAGAUUAUUACAGAUAUAGCCCUGAUUAUAGGUAUCUUUAUGGCAAAAUAUGACAGCAAUUUUUUUAAAUAUUCUCCUUCAAGGAGACCAUCGGUGUACCUUAACACAGGACAAAAAUUAAUUUUAAACAUUACCUCAUUUUCUUGUGUAUGUUCUCACAAACCAUUCAGAUGAGUUUGUUGAUAAUAAUUUUGUUGGGGAACUAACUUUGCUCAAGGAGCCAUUUUUCUUGUUUUAGGCAUUGGACCAUCGAGGAGAGUCAGCUUUUAAAGGUAUCUGGAAGAAAACAAAGUUGCUGUGGCCUUUCUUAUGGCCCUCAGACAGGUAAAACAAAAGUUAAUUAAACAUGUAGCAGACUAGGUUCAUCUACAUGGCUUGACUCUCAUACCCCUGGGAGUGACCAUGAAAUAAUUUUUCUUAAAGAUCUCAGUAUGAUAUCAUGAAGACAGGUGCUGAGAACAAGGAAAAUAUCAAAGCUGGGUGAUGUUUUGAUUUAACAACAAGAAAUUAUCUGAACUGACAUUUAAUAAACUUCAUCACAGACAGCAAGAACAUUUACUUCUGAGAUCUUGUGAUUGCAAUAGUUGAGUGUUUUUGAUUUUUAAACAAUUUUCUUACUGGGUUAAUUUUUUCACAAGGUGGCUGCAGUUAAGGGUUGUCCUGUGUUUCUUCAUUCUUGGUGCUGGAAGAGCUGGCAAUGUUCUUGUUCCAUUCAUGUACAAAAUUAUAGGUAUGUGGACUUCAUGGAAUGUAUCAUUAUUGUCAGUAUUAUUAACAGCAACAUUUAACUUAAUAGCUACUCAAAAUAUGGUCAAGUUGCCAGAUUUAUUGUAUUUCUUCCUAUCUGUGUUAUGAGAUGUGGCUGAUAGGUUGUUUUCACCAAAAACUUUGACACAGAAUUCCUGGUCUAUCAAUCAGGAUCCUGAUUAUGUUCCUAAUGACGUGUCCAGUGUCUCAUUUGUCUGGGUUAUAUUUUCAGUGAACCGUCUCACACCUGGAAAGGAAGCAAAGAUAACAGAUCCAUGGCACCUGAUUUUGAUUUACGUAGCUUUAAGGUUUUUACAAGGAGGUGGUACUGGUGGUAUUGGUUUGUUGAAUAACAUCAAAUCCUUUCUGUGGAUAAAGAUCCAACAGUUUACCAGCAGGACUUUACAAGUGCAGCUCUUUGCUCAUCUACAUAGGUCAGACUAUGAAGUUCAACAUACCAUAGUUAGCAUACUCCCAAAUCAGGAGAAAUCUGCUACAAAAACUGUUUAAGUACAAAUUUAGCAAAAAGACAUUUUCUUGUUGGAGAGUUUAUCUGUAUGUCUAUCGUGAUUGAAUUUUUCUUUACUUGGUUGUGCUGAAGGUUCCUUUUUGUUGGAAAGAUAUCGUACAUGUUUUGCAGUUGCAGGUGUAGCAGAAUACAAAAAAAACAUUAAUUCAAAGUCACAAAUGACUUUAAUUGUUAGUCUUUGUGUUAUAGGUCUCAUAAGAGAUUUUGACAUAAUACAGGGUGAAAUUUUAAAUUUAGUUUUCUAGUAUAUUUACUGGUUCUCAUGUUUUAAUUAUUGCAGCCUGUCACUCCAUUGGCAUUUGAAUCGUAAAACUGGCGAAGUUAUCAGAAUGGUGGACAGAGGAGCCAACAGUAUUUACAACCUUUUAAAGUGUGAUUUUUACUGUCAUUCUUGAAGAGUCCAUCAAAUGUUUCUAAUUUCUUACUUGAAUUAUGUUCAAUUCUUAUUAAUAAAUGCAAAUUUUGCCAUGUGAAUGUUAAUUCAGUAAUUAAACUUAACAGUGAAGGAAUAUAUGAAGAUACAGAUGUUAUUACCCAGUUCUACUGCGAAGUAAUGAUUUAUUUUUCUUCAUUUUUUUAUUUAUUUUUUUUUCAUGUUCUAGUUACCUCCUGUUUACCAUUCUUCCCACUUUUGCUGAUAUUGGAGUAGCUGUUGUUUACUUCAUUGUUGCUUUCAAUGGCUGGUUUGGACUGUUGAUUUUCUUGACUAUGGCUUUGUACAUUGGUGAGAUGAUACUGAAAAAUGAAUUAAACAAUGAAGUAAAAUUUGCUCUUCUAUCCAAUGUAUUUUAACACAUGCCAGUUUAUUUAAUGCACUAAUUAUUAUAUUAACAAAACUUUUUUUUUUCCAUUCAGCCAUAACAGUUCUUAUCACUGAGUGGCGAACAAAGUAUCGACGUGAGAUGAAUGAGAAAGACAAUGCAGCCAAAGCAAAAGCUGUUGAUUCUUUAUUGAACUUUGAAACUGUGAGUUGUAAAUACAUCCUCACAGAAGUUUGUUAUUGUCGAUAGCACAUUGCAAUGAGAACUUAAGAAUUCAUAGCUUAAUGCAACUUCACACGUUAGGUCACAGUCAGGUGAAUGUAUAAUGUAUACAGGCUGAUGACAGGUGGUAAUCUCACUGCUUUUUUGCACAAUAUUGCUUUGGUACUGUAUGGAGAAGGUACCAUUUGAUGAGACUCAUAAGGUAAAACUUGGGAGAUACAUUGGCCUUAUGGUUAGUGGGCUGGACUUUGGGUAGAGGAGUGUGGGCUUGUGCUGUGGCUGGGUCAUUGUAUUUUGUUCUUGGGCAUGACACUUUACUCUAAUAGUGUGUCUCUCUACCUCAAAGUUUAAAUGGGUACCUUGGAAGUGUCAUGAAAACCUGUUGGGUGGCAAACAGUGAUGGAUUAGUAUCCCAUCCAGGGGAAUAAGCAGUAGACUUAAUCACUUUAUGUUACAGAAGCUAGAAUAGGCACUGGUGGUUUGGGCCACAGGCUGAAGAUGAUGUGUGCCCUUUCAUUUUACCAGGUGAAAUAUUACAGUGGAGAAGACUAUGAAGUAGAGAGACUGAACAUGGCUAUUGAAGACUAUCAGGUAUAAACACAUUGUGACUUUCAAGUCUUCAGUUUUUGUUUCUAUUCUGGUCAUUCUUUCAUUCCAAAAGGAUACAUAUAUGAGAAUCAGUUGUCUAUAUAUGAUAACCAUAAACAUAUUCUGUGUGGAUUUAUUACUUUAUUUCUUUACUAUUUUUUUUAUAGAAGUGUGAGUGGGACACCAUUGCCUCCCUUGCUCUUCUGAACACAGCACAAAACUCUGUAAUCACAGGUGGUCUUUUGGGCGGGACAUUGUACUGUGCCAAGUUGGUGACUGAUGGACAGCUUGGGGUAUGUCAGCUGACCAAACCCUCUAGAGCUUUUAGACACAAAAUACCUGGUGGAAUUUUGACAUGAAAGACAUGAAGUUAGUUACUUUGAACUGAGGAAUAUUGGAACAUCAGAGUUCUUUAGAUUAUGUACAUUUUAGGAAGACUUGGUGUAGAGUUUUGGUUGCAGUGCCUCCACCAACUGAGUCUUAAGCUUACCAAGCUUAAUCUCAGAUUUGUGUACAAAUCCCUUAAAAAGACAGCUGAGAAUUGUCGCAUUUCUCUAUAGGUUGGGGACUUUGUGUUAUUUGUAACAUACACACUUCAGCUCUAUGUGCCUCUCAAUUAUUUUGGAACUUACUACAGGUGAGUGAAGAGACUACACAAACUAGUGAAGUUUGUGGAAUGCAAUAAGCAAGCUAACACUCAAGAGAAGCUAGAACUACAAACAUUAAGAACUAUUCUAAAACGGAGCUGCAAUAUAUUUUGAUAACGCAUUGAAAUGUCUUUCAGAUAAAGGCUUUUUUAUUCAUAUAUGUACUUUAAUCAUUUGAGUACUGAACUAAAACAGAGCUUGUACUUUUUAACUUCAGAAUGAUUCAGCAGUCAUUUAUUGACAUGGAAAACAUGUUUGAUCUCUUUCAACAGAAAAGACAGGUAACAUACCAUGAGUGGUGCCUUUACCAAUUGUUAUUUUGAAAUUUCGUUUAGUUUGGAUCCGUUCCAUUCGACAGGGCGAUCCUACUAAUCACUUCUAACUAAAGAAAGGCGGCCACAUUUCUGAUGCUCGUGCAUCACGUUUCUCGUGGGGAAAGUUGUCAAAUUUCUGCAUCUGCGUCUAUUAAUAAUAAGCAUUAAAGGUGACCUUUAUGAUAUUUGUUUUGACAGGUACUAGAUGUACCCCAUGCCCCAGAUCUACAAGUACCUAGUGGCCUGAUAGAGUUUCGACAAGUCAACUUUUCCUACAAUCCACAGUAAGUGUGCUUUGAGAAAAUAUACUGCAAAUGAUGAGUAAGAGGAAUAAGGAGCCACAUGUGAAAGUUGAAGUAGAUUUUUACUUGAUUAAUGAUGUCACUUUUCCACAGUCCCGCAGUGUGUGUGUGCAAGACUCUGAAACGUUUUGUAACUGAUACUUAUUUUUCUUUCUCGAUUUGUCUUUUGUGAUACGAGUAUAGGGUACGACAAGAAAGUAGUUUGAAUAACAUUUGUCCGUGGAGAUCUUUGGUCCCCUGGUGGAAUCCAGAGCUGCGUUACCGAUCAGUUUAGAAAAGUAUUUUCCCCACCCCCCCCCCCCCCCUCCCCCCCUCCCCCCCUUCCCCCCCCUCCCCCCCCCCCCCCCCCCCCCCACUUGUGCUUGUCAACAUGCUUGAGACAGAAAUGCUCUGCAAAGUGGUGACUUAAGUUCUUUUUAAAUCACAGAAAACAAAUUCUGAAGGAUGUGACUUUCACAGUGUAUCCUGGUCAGACGUUAGCACUUGUUGGUCCGUCUGGGAGUGGUAAAAGUACCAUUAUACGACUUCUCUAUCGCUUCUAUGAUCUGGACUCGGGAACAAUCUCUAUUGAUGGACAAAAUAUCGCAGAGGUCUCUUAUGUUAUUUCUUACAUUAACUUACAGUGUGGCCUACGUAACCCGGCCAGCCCAACCUUUAUAAGCUCCCCGCUUCUAAGGCAGAUAAAUUAAGAAACCGCUGCCCCGGGGGGAGAGGGGGAGGGGGAGGGAUGAUGGUAAUUUUUUAUUAAGAGUCCUCUGUUCUCUUGAAAGUGCAAAACAAGGACUCGUUUGUCAUAAAAAGAAUUUAUUGAAAUGAGAAUGAAACAACGUACAAACCUUCACAGUGACGAGUGCACAUCCAACUGUGUCAAUCAUAGCUUUAUAUUUCCUAACGGCUGGGGAGAAACUGAAAGAGUCUUCUAUUGUGGAAUUCUACAUACAUCCAUCUUUGGCAGCUUAAUCCGUUGCGCGAGUCCAAAGUAAUCGGCCCAAGCAAACGAUUUUUCAGGGGUGCGUAAGGGGAUUUGUUGAAGUCUAUCUGAAGUUAAACGGCGUAAGACAAACAGCAGGAGACCUUAAGUAGUCUAUUCAUUUAUACUAAAUGAAAAACACCUCUGUCAUUUUCUGCGUUCUCUCCAGGUCACUCAGAAGUCUCUCCGUAAUGCCAUAGGAGUGGUUCCUCAGGACACAGUCCUAUUUAACAACAACAUAAGGUAGUGCGGGAUAACGUUACGGGAAGGACAAGUUGGGAAGGUGGGAUAUGAGGGAGGUGUUAGUGGAAACUUAUCAAUAACCAUGAGAAUAACAGUUUAGAAACCACCACACCAGAGGCCCUAUCAAGGAAAAGUUUUGCCUCCUAGAUGUUUGUCUCUCUUUUUUCGCUCAUACCAGCAUUUCUUGCUCCAGUGAACUGUGAUUUCACAAGAACUGUGUUUUCUCAACUUGUAGCUUGGAUAGUGAGUUCCCGAGAGAUACUUUUCCAUGUGUUUUCUGUCAGGUUCAACAUUCAAUAUGGCAGAAUAACCGCCUCUGAAACGGAGGUAGAGCAAGCCGCGGCAGCAGCCGACAUUCAUGAUAGGAUUUUAACUUUCCCCAAUGGUAGGUGUUGAACAACUACAUAAAUAAAUUGUAACACUGUUACUAUUGCAUGUAUCACAAUACCUAAUAACAAUCCUUUUCGUCAGGUUAUCAGACAGUCGUUGGUGAGCGCGGGCUUAAACUAAGCGGAGGAGAGAAACAGCGUGUUGCAAUAGCCAGAACACUGCUGAAGAACCCGCCGCUUGUUCUCCUAGAUGAGGUAUUUACCCUCACUGCGGCUUUAAGUCACUUUCUUCUCUUUAUAACAAACAAACAAACAAACAAUCGCUCACUUAUGGUUUGUUUUAUUUUAUUCCAGGCAACCUCAGCGUUAGACACUCAGACUGAACGUAACAUUCAGGCCUCACUUAACAGAAUGUGCGUCAACAGAACUACAAUUGUAGUUGCCCACAGGUAAGCAAAGUGAAAACAUUCUGUGUGUGUCUUGUUCUUGUCAAUUUUCUCUCCAUAGUUCUUGCCAAGUUCACCUAUUUCUGGUUACGAUAAGCUUGGAACGUCAGCUUUAAAACUCUUUACGGUGACCAAUUUACGUUAUCAAUUCAGUUGAUAAUACUAAAGUACCCUGUUAUAAUCUCCCACCCGACACAGCACCACAAUUUGUUUAGAAACUUACCCCCUUUGUGGAAAAUAAUUUGACAGCUUUUAUCUCCUUUAGAUUAUCCACGAUUGUAAACGCAGAUCAGAUUCUUGUUGUGCGCGAGGGCGAGAUUAUCGAAAGAGGAAGGUAAAGGCCGGCAUUUUUCUUGUUUGUUUUUUCUCUUUUUUUUUUUUUGGUUGUUAUAUGUGCGAUAGAACUUACGUUGAUGGUGUUUUUUCUUCUUUCUUCUUUUAUUAAUGACAGACACGAGGAGUUGGUAUCAGAAGGCGGUGUGUAUGCGAACAUGUGGCUUCACCAACAGAAAGCAGAGGAUAAGGAAACAGACAACAGCAAUACAGACAGCCUGGAGGAAGAGAGCGGGCUGAUAUGAACGCAGAAUUGAAAUAUGAAGAAUUGUCUCAAGACCCUUUCUUGACAAAAACAAAAAGAAACGCUUGGUUUGGGUAAAAUAUAGCGGAAAUAAAUGAAUAAAGUACAUGAUACAGCACCAGUGCUGGUCCAAUACUUGUGCCACGCUGUGCCUAUGCUUUCCCACUGAGUGCUAGCACAGUACCGAUGCUGGUUUUAAUAUUGAUAGUUGUAUAUAUUCAGCAGCACAUUAUUUAUUAGUGAGCUUCUAAGAUGUACAUGUAUUUCACAUCAAGUUCAAGACAACGCUUUCGUUUCCCUGACUUUUAAGUUCCUGUUACACUGAGGAAAACUAUCUUGUUUAUGUGAGUAAACCUGAAAAUUUUUUUCCACUUGUAAAGGUCUUUUAAGUGUUGGGCGUCAAAAAUAUCUUUGAAAUGAUGACUUGGUUACUUGAUAGCUUGGUAGUAUAAUAUGAUGUAACCACUUAAAUUGCUGUACUGGUUUCCGUUGGUCAAGUUCUGUUCUAAUUCUGUAAAAUUUAAAGCAAUAGUUCUUGAGAUAGUGACAAUAUUCAAGGAAAGUCGCCGAUUAUCGGUUGUUGUAACCUUGUCUCACAAUUGUUAGAAAAUGCGAGUAACGUAACAAAUAAUGUUAGUUAGAACACUGCUGCCGUCAAAUGAGCAGAAUCACUUUGGUUUCCUCUGUCUGUGUCAAAAAUGUUUGCCAAUCGGAAAUCUUUGCAAAGUCAAACAGAUACAAUAAUUUUCCCGUUUGCCAAACCAAGAAGGGGGUUAGGGACUCCUCCCAGACGGCUGUUCUUUUAGUGUGAUAAUGGUAGGAAUAAAAGGAAGGGAAACCGCUGACAACAUUUUCCUCCUCUUUAUUUAAUACUAUUUUGCACAUUCAUUAUAUUUAUCCUAAGCGGAUACUCCCUAAGCCAGGAC